GAGAACAGCCGUGGACACAAUGGAUUUGCAAAUAGACGGACUUUUUAUCAACUGAAUCUUUGAUGAACACAGGAAAUAAGUCCCAGGAGGAGCAUCAGGGGGGCUAUGCGGUUUCUGCUAAGCCUCACCACAGUUUGAUUAACUAUGAUGAAGACUGAACCCCCGUCAACAGCUAGUGCCAGCGCUAGCACCACGGUCAGAAGCGCGUCCCCCCACAGGAACGCAUACGAGGCGGGGAUUCAGGCACUCAAACAAGCAAAGGACUCCUUGAACAAUGCCACAAAUGGUGAGGAUGGGAAAUCGCGGCCGUCAGGACGUGGUCACAGGUACGGGUCCAAUGUCCACCGUAUUAAGAACAUGUUUAUGCAGAUGGGCUCUCCUGGAGAGGAUGAUGACCCGUCCAAGGCUAAGGACCAGUCAGUGAAGCUUUCCCUUCCCAGGGCCAGCAGUCUGAACGAGAAUGUAGACCACAGUGCACUGCUAAAACUUGGCGCCACAGUUUCUGAGCGAAUCAGUCGCUUUGAUGGUAAAGCUGACGGAAGUAUGCCCCGUGGAACCUCCACAGGCUUUUCCAAGCUGCAGGAGACACGCAGAAUUUUUGAGCAGCGCCACUUACAAGAGAAACAGGCUGCCACUAAUCGCAUCUUACUGAAGAAGGAGCGAGCCUCAGGCUUCCAAGACAGCCGUCUGGAUGUUGUGGUACGCUUUAAUGGCAGCUCUGAGUCCUUGGACAAGCUGGACACACCAGGGGGACCUGCUGAAGCUGUUUCACCCACUGUCAGCCAGCUGAGUGCUGUUUUUGAAAAGGCAAACUUGCGUAACAACCUACACCGGCCUUCAUCAACGUCUCCCCUGCCCUCCCGAGGUGUCAGUCCCACACCGGGAAAAGUAGGAACAUCAAACUCUAAAAUCGCAGCAAAGAGAGUACGAGCCGUCCCUCCUGUGGGAGGCCAAGAGGAAGGUGGUCUACUCAAAGACCAGGAUGGUGCUCCUGGAAGUCCAAGGAGUGCAAGAGACCACCAAUCCAAGGUUAGCAAUCUAGAGAGUGGACAAUCAGGGAGCAGGGCUUCUGAUGCUACUUCUGAAGUAGAGCUACAGAAAGACAAGGCAGAGGAAGUCCAGGCUUCUAAGGUAGAAGCAAUCACUGGAGGAGAGUCCAAAACUGGGAAGCAGGAGGUGGCUUAUGCCUCUGAGGCAGGGAGCAAACUGGUGCAAGCAGAGGUUCAUGCCUCUCUGGAGAAUGGAGAAGCCCUUGGGGGCUCCACUGAGGCAGGACAUAAGGACAAGGAGGGAGAGAACCUUGUAGAGGGCUGCUUUCAAGAGGACAAUGGCCUGGACGAGGUAUCUCGUAGGGAGGAUUAUUCAGAUGCUGACCUGGUGGACAUCAGUGCCUACAGUGGAAUAGGUGAAGACUCAGGUGGCAGCCAGCUAGACGAGGAUGAGGUGGAGGAGGAUGAAGCCUAUGAACCAGAAUCCAGCUGCUCAGAAAUUCCAGGGCUUCCUGCUGAGGAUGAACCACCAGCCAGUAGGAAAAUUUGCUUCAGCACUGGGCCAAUAAAGGUGUUUACCACGUACUCGAACGAGGAAUAUGACAGACGUAACGAUGACGUGGACCCCAUGGCCGCAUCAGCCGAGUAUGAGCUCGAGAAGAGAGUGGAAAGACUAGACCUUUUCCCUGUGGAACUCGAGAAAGAUGGGGACGGCUUAGGUAUAAGCAUCAUCGGCAUGGGAGCCGGGGCUGACAUGGGCCUGGAAAAACUCGGCAUCUUUGUCAAGACCGUCACGGAAGGAGGAGCCGCUCAUCGCGACGGAAGGAUCCAGGUGAAUGACCUCAUUGUGGAAGUAGACGGCACCAGUCUGGUUGGCGUGACCCAGAGUUUUGCCGCAUCCGUCCUGAGGAACACCUCCGGAACCGUCAAGUUUAUCAUCGGUCGCGAGAAGCCCGGGGAGCAGAGUGAGGUGGCUCAGUUGAUCCAGCAGACUCUGGAACAGGAACGCUGGCAGAGGGAGAUGAUGGAGCAACGCUAUAACCAGUACAUGGAGGAAGACGAGGAGACGGGUGAAUACGCCACAGACGAAGAAGAGGAAAUGAGUCCGAUGUUCCCGAACGCUAUCGAGGUGUUUGACCUGGCUGAAAAUGAGGACAUGCUCUCCCCUGUGGAGAUGGACCCAGAAAAGCUGACCCAUAAGUUCAAAGAGCUUCAGAUAAAACAUGCCGUCACUCAGGCGGAGAUCCAGCAGCUUAAAAGAAAACUGGCACACGCGGAACAGGACAAACUGCGUUGGCGCAUGGAGAAGGCUCAGCUGGAACAGAGCGUGCGGGAGAACAAGGAGCGGAUGGAGAAACUGGAAGGCUACUGGAUGGAGGCGCAGAGCCUGUGUCAGGCUGUGGACGAACACCUGAAAGAAACACAGGCCCAGUACCAGGCCCUGGAACGCAAAUACAGCAAGGCCAAACGGCUCAUCAGAGAGUACCAACAGAAAGAGAUUGAGUACCUGAAAAAGGAAACCGCUCAGCGCCGAGCUCAGGAAGAAUCUGAAGCCACUCACAAGGAGGAGACCGAGAACUUGCAGGAAAAGAUCACGGAUCUGGAGUCGAAAGUGGACGCACUGAAAAGUUCUGGGCCCUCGUAA